CCAAUAAGCGCUGUUUUUCCUAGUUGGCCGUUGGUACGCGUUCUGUGGCGUUGUGAAGAUUAUAAUGGAAACUACAAAGGAAAGCCUAGAUGAAAUUUCACGGCCAUUUUCUAGCUCAAGAAUUAAUCACAGGAGCAAAGCUUUAUGUACAUCUCUAGAGAUUUUAACACCAGAGCCAGACGUCCUUAAGGUUGAUUAUUCCCUUGAUCUUUACAAUGAUCCCACAGAAGAUAAUUCAAAAGAAAAUGAUGAGGAAAAUGGAGAGAAAUAUGAAACCGAAAAAUUGAAUACUUCAGAAGAAAUCUCUGAAGGAAAAAUGAACAGUCAUUUCCAGCAGUUGAUACAAAAUUCAACUCAAGUGAAAGGUGUUUCAAAUUGUGACAAUGGGGUUGAUUCCAUGAAUGGCUACUGCUUUCUGGACUAUAUUCCAGGUUCAACAGAUUCUGAAGAUAACUGUGCAGAGAGCAAGCCUUCAAGUUGCAGCAGUGCUCCUCAGGAUAAACGAGCUAAAUUACAAACAGCCAAGCUGGAGGACUCUAAAGAGAGCAAUGUAGACCCUCUCAUCCAACAAGCCAUAAAGAAGAUGAAAAGGUUGGACCAGAUACUGGCAAACAAACAAUCUCAAGAAAAGGCAAUAAAAAAACAAGGGAAAGAAAUGAGAACAAAACUAUGGGAAGAACUUCAGUCUAUGACAUCUCGAAGUUCCUCAGUGACUAGUGAAGAGGAUGAAAAUACCAGCAGGUUUUUAGCUUUGGCUUCUGAAACAUCUAAUCCCACUGCCGUUGAUGAAGGUGAAAUGUUCAUUGGUAUAUUUCACACACAGAUUAAUUCAGAAAAUUAUGAAUACAGCGGAAGACCAAUCAAACAAGGUUGUUUAAAUGCAGAGAGAACAAGAAGCUCAAUGAAAAAAGUAGAAAACAUUCAUCAGAAAACAGCAAGAAGUUCUAAAAAACAUGAUUUUAUUAAAAAGAACAUAGAGUUGAUCAAGGACUUUGGGAACCAAGUGGUUAUGCUGGAGGAAGAGAAGAAGAGGCUGUCAGAAUUACUGAAUGAUACUGAAGAUGAGAGGAGUGAACUGCAAAUACUUGAGGGAGAAACAACUGGAUGGUUAAUACCAGGGGAAGGCUACACUCCUGAACCAAUGGAAUAUCAUUAUCUCACAGAACUUGAUGCUCAACUCAAAGUAGUAACCUCAGAUGCAGAUUUUUCCACUAUUCAAAGCUCCUCUUCAAAAGUCCCCAAACAGAUAUAUCAGGAGUCUUUGGCUUACGCAAAUAGAAAGCUGGAAACUGUUCCAGGUGAAAAGGUUUUAAGAGACACCAAAGAAGAGUGUAAUCAGCAAAACCGACUCAGAGAGAUUGAUCAGCAGCUGAAAAACCUGGAGAGGACUGGAGAACUGUAUACUUGUUUUUUCCAGCCGGAUGUAUUGCCUUCUGUCUCAAAAGAGCAGCUUGAUGCCCUUCUGGAAGAAUAUAUGCCAUCUCAAAGAACAGUAAAUAGACUUGCUCUGCCAACAUCUGAGGAAUCAUAUUUGGAUGGAAUGAGCGCUGGUUUUGACCAAUCUGAAAACUCCACUCAAGACCCUAGGAAUUACCUAUUAGAUGACCCUAAUGGUGUGGGAAUAUUGAGAAGGCAAGAAAUGUUUGAAUUUAAGGAUAAGGAUGUAAGUUCAAAGGAAAUGAUGGAAACUUCUGACUGCAAUGACAGGAAGGCAUUGGUUGAAUCUCACUUGUCUCAAGAAUCUGUGGCUGAGAAAAAAGACAAUCACCAAGAAGUCCAACAGGAGAUGCUGUGUCCUAGUAAUUCUGCAGGGUACUUCAUGUCAAUAGCACUCAGCACAGACAAACUGGAAAAACCAUCUUUUCUUGAUGAACCUUUUUAUUGUAUCAGCAUGAACAAUGGGUUAUCCUCAGAUGUUGACAUUCCUAACAUACCGUUGAAAACCAGAGGAGGUGAGGUUCUUAAUAAACUCGUGGAAUAAGCUUUUGAUUGUGAUUUUAAAAACCAAAUCAGGUUCCCGUCAAAGGUAUGCACUAAAGUAUUACGAUUACACUAGCAGGGCAAAAAGCCCUUUCAUAAAGCAUGAAACUAUGCCAGAAAUAACACAAAAUUUCAAAAUGUUUCUGACAUUCUUG